CGUCAAUAUUUCAGGAGCUCGCUUGGGUCUGUCAGGGUGUAUUUUUUAUUGUCACCCUUUCAAACAGCGUUUUGCAUUUGUUCGAUUUUCAAUUCAACAACUCGAUUAAAUACAAAUCUUUAUCAUGGCAAAUGAAUGCAUGACACCGGAGCAUGUUCCGUGGUACCAUAGGAUCGUGAAAAUUUGAACUUUGAAUUUGGUGCAUUGUUGUAUAGAUUCUCAACAGAGGACAGCACGGCCAAUCUCUCCUUGUGCUCAUAAACUUUAGUUCCUUUUAAGGGUAAUUUCUUGUUUGAUUAAAACAUUCCUCGCCCCUCGGAAUCAAAUCAAAUUGGUUUGCAAUUGCGUUGUGUACACUGGAAAAUACAGCCUGAUUUCGGGAACAACUGACUUGAGGAUGGUGUCUAUAUGAGCAGUGUACCCAGCUGAACUCUGAGGGAAACCUUCCCGAUUGUUAUCCCUGCUUCUGGCCCGGCUCCGAGGCCUGUAAGAGGAGAAUUUGAGGAGAAUAUUGGUCGGAUAGAAGCGGGAAUCGACGGAGAUGUCGAACAGGGCUGAAUUCGGAGAUCAAACGUAAACAGUAUAGGAUUGUGUGUCAGUCGAAAUGUGAGCAUGACAAAAGGACAAAAAGAGAGAAGGUAUUAUUUUACUCAAAGAUAUGUACAGCGGUGUCUCGAAGCUUUAUACAUGGCAAGGGAAAAGAAAAGUAGGGCGAUGGAUGCAUGUUUUUGACUUAGAGCAACGACGAAAGCGAUGCUGCUGCGGAAGUCUCCAACUUGACGAAAAGUCUCAAGUGAAAUCUGUAGAAGGAACCCUUUUUGAUUAACCCCAAAACCAUUCGAGGAUCAUAACUCUGGUCAUAACUGUUGCAUGAACCUUGUUAUGUUCAUCAUGGAAUCAUCAAAGAAGAGAGAUUUUAAAUGUCUUUAAUGUCUUAGGAAAGAAUAAGGAUUAUUAACAUGGAAGGCGAAGAGGAUGUUAGCGGGAUUCGAUUCUUGGUCAGGAGGAACCUCAAGGCUGCGAACGAACAAGGAGUGUUCUUACUCGCCGUCAGGAAUGGCAAAGGUUUAGUCGUGCAGGUUCGCCAGCCGAACACCAUCAACAUGGAGACCAAACCCAUCGCCAAUGGCGUCGCUCCCUCCGAGGACGUCACUGACCACGGCAACUCGAAUUCCCAUCCCGACAUCGUCGAAGUCGGCAUCGACAACCCGACGGUCGAUCUCGGCGACGAGGUGCCCAUCUCGGUUCACAUCAUCCGCCCCGAAGAAGCCGGCAUCGCCCCGGUAGUCAACCACGACAGCAUGCCUAAUAACAAUUUCAUGAAGGAUGGCUAUGCCAAUGACCCCUCCGCCACCGAACUCCUCAACGACACCAAAGUGGUGGAGAUGGAGAUGGAGGAUCGGACAAGACUGCCAGUUAAAGAGGAAUAUGAAACGAACAAUGAUAAGGAGGACGACGAGGAGAGAGAAACGUGGGGAAGGAAAAUUGAUUUUCUUUUAUCUGUCAUCGGUUUUUCAGUCGAUUUAGCGAAUGUCUGGAGGUUUCCAUAUUUAGUAUACAGGAACGGGGGAGGAGCGUUCCUCAUACCAUACGUAUUGUUUCUGCUGAUCGGUGGAAUGCCCAUGCUGUACAUGGAGCUGGCACUCGGACAGUAUAACAGAGGGGGAGCUAUUAGUGUUUGGAAGAUCUGUCCAAUUUUUCAAGGAGUUGGUUGGGCAGUUCUGGUCAUCGCAUGGUACGUCGGCUUCUCGUACAACGUGGUGAUUGCAUGGUCCUUCUACUACCUCUUCGCUAGCUUCACCGGUGAGCUUCCGUGGACAUACUGUAACAAAGACUGGAACACGCCCUAUUGUUUCGACGAUUCCAUGAAUGCAUCGUAUGUGGAGAUUGACGGCGCCACGGUGUGGCUGAAUGCCUCCACCGGUACCACACCAGCCAAGGAAUACUUUGAUCUGGAGAUGCUCCGUAGGGAUAGGAGUAGUGGUUUAUUUGAUCUAGCUGGUAUGUCAUGGCCACUGCCUCUCUGUCUCAUUCUCGUCUUCAUUACCUUGUAUUUCUCCAUAUGGAAAGGAGUUAAGACUUCUGGAAAGGUUGUAUGGGUGACGGCUACGCUCCCGUACUUUGUUCUCACUAUUCUGCUCAUCCGUGGUGUCACCCUCCCCGGGUCUGGGGAUGGCAUCAGAUAUUAUCUCUACCCAGAUUUUAAUCUCCUCGCCCAACCCACGGUGUGGAUCGAUGCUGCGGUGCAGAUCUUUUAUUCAAUUGGAGCUGGUUUCGGCGUACAUAUUGCCUUUGCCAGCUACAACAAAUUCCAUGGUAAUGUUUAUAGAGAUGCUAUUUUUACGAGUUCUAUCAACUGCUUCACGAGUUUCUUUUCCGGAUUUGCUGUCUUUUCGAUUCUCGGUUAUCUGUCUUUCAAAACCGGUAAAGACAUAUCAGAAGUAGCAACGGAAGGUCCUGGACUGGUGUUUACAGUUUACCCAGAAGCCAUUGCGACGAUACCCGGUGCGCCAUUUUGGUCCAUUAUCUUUUAUAUCAUGCUAAUCACACUUGGGCUUGAUAGUUCCUUCGGUGGGACGGAAGCCAUCAUCACCGGUUUGAUAGACCAGUUCCCAAAAUUCUUCAAGAACAGAAGAGAGUACCUGGUCCUCGCCGUUGUCGUAUCGUUCUUCUUCUUCACUCUCUUCAAUGUCACGUACGGUGGCAUAUACAUCUUUCAUUUGGAGAACGAGUACGCAGCGUCGACAUCGCUUCUCUUCGUGGUCGCAAUACAGGUUUUUGCUGUAGCCUGGAUUUAUGGGGUUCGGCGGUUCUCUCAGGAUAUCCAAGAAAUGAUCGGGUCUUUACCCAGCAUCGUCUGGAGGAUCUGCUGGAAAUUCGUCUCACCAACCUUUGUAUUCGUGAUGUUUAUAGUAAGCAUGGUGUUAUCGGAGCCUCUAACUUACGAAGAAUAUGUUUACCCUGAUUGGGGUAAUGUAUUAGCAUGGUUAUUCGCAGCAUCAUCGAUGGUGAUAGUCCCCCUUGGUGUCAUCUGGCAGCUGAUAGUGGCCCCAGGAUCGGGAUUAAAAGAGAAAUUCGCCUACGCUAUCACACCACGUGCAGAACAUGACCUGAUAAGAGAGAAGGGAGAAAUUACUAGAUUUAAGGCUAAACAUUGGCUGUCUCUAUAGGGUGGAAAGUGAUGAACAAUUCGCCUUUUUCCGUCAGAAACAUUCGGUCCAUACCGUUUUGAGCGAGUCGACACGUAUCAUAAACAUCUCGGCGAAAAAUUCGUCAAGCGAGUCUGCAACAAAGCUAUCUGGUCCUGUUCUGCGGCUAUAUAACUUCGGAUGGAUAUAUCUUCCAUGAGAAUCGUCGAGUUUCUCAGGAUUGAAAACAUCAAUUACUGCCUCACAAUUAUGUUUACUGUUAAGUUCACAGAAGCUACCAAAAUAUUACUUCAAUAUUUUAAGAAAAGCAUAUGAACCUUAUCGCAAAUUUGUAUAGCUAAAUUUAAGGUAAACGUCCUCUUUUAUUUUUAGGCGAAGAUCUCUAGAUGCAUUCGAAACUAGCUUAUUCAAAUGUGUGUAAGCUUUGAUGUGCAUACAUUUUCAAAAGAAGUUUGCAUGAAAAAGAAAUGAACAAUCACUAGUUUAAAGCUAGAUUAGGAAAGAGAGAUAUAAUGAGUGUUUGAUAUAUGUAUAAUAUACAUGCAUAUGCAUCUUGUGUUAAAACUAAAAUGAUUAUAUCUUGUGGACACUUUCGCCGGAUUAGGCUAUACGAGUAUUAGCUUUCGAAUUAAUAUAAGAGUGCAUUCUUGGAUAGCCUUUGCAAAUUAUUUUUACGAUGCAUAAAUUCAUGGAUAGACGGUAGAUAUUUGAAACUUUCGGUCAGAAUUUUUGAAUUCUUCUCUCGAUAUACAAACAUAGCAUAGAGUAAUCGCAAUAUGUAGUCUUAAUGCGUUUAGAAAACCGUUAAUUCACGUGCAUCUGUGAAGUGUUCGUAAUUUAUAUAUUUUUAAUUUUAUAAUUGUGAUGACUUCUUUUUUAAUAGUAAACGCAAGAGCAAAAGACAGUGAGGAGGGGGGCAAAAGAAGGGGGAGAGAGAGGUGAUAGGAGAAAGGAAGAAAGAGAGAAGGGGAAAAGAGGGUAAGAGCGGGGGGGGGGGGGGGUAACCGAGAAAGAGGAAAGACAGAUAAAAAUAUUUGUGAGCGAUUUGCUGCAUUUAUGUUUUCCACCACAAAAUACUUGUUUGUUGAUAGAUGUACAUUUUAUUCAAAGUUGAUAAUUAGAAAUCCAUGGUUCUAUGAAGCUUGCACUAUACGGUACGUCUGAUGGUAUUCUUUUGCAAUUGAAUUUCAUAUUUAUAUAUUCUUAUUUUGAUAUCAUACUGCAUUUUGGGACAUUUUAACAAUUCCCUAUCACGGGAUGACUAGCACAAACUAGCAAAGUACUUUUGGACUGUUAUAUCGGUAUGAAACGUGCUAUCAAUCACCAGUGGAGAUCUGUACGUCAUUCGCGCGCUAUCAUCACUUACAAUAGCAUUGGAUCGAUCAUGUCUGAUCAUGACUGUGUGGAGGUGCCAUGGCCGAGUGGUCUAAGGCGCCUGGCUAUCAAGAGUCCGGGGUUCGAUUCCGCGGCACCUAUGCCUGUGAGCAAG